CUUAGACUUCUCCAUUAUUUUGACACCGGCGACCUUCUCAACCUGCGAAGAUUUUCGAAUCGGUCCACACAGAAUACAAAACGUUUCACAAAAUAAUUAAGAUGGCAGACGAAGAAGGUUUCUUGAACCGCGAUGAUGACAUCAUCAUGGUGGAUAGUGAUGACGACGUCGAAGAYUUGGAAGACGAAGACGACGACGAAGUUGGGGAAGUCGGCGAAGAUAAUAUGCACGAUGAAGACGAUGAAACUUCCAGCGCAGCUGUAAAUCCACCCUCUGAGGAAGACAAUGUUGUAGCUCGUCGAAGGGCUAUACAGGAAAUUAUGCGAGACAAUAGUUUGAGCGAUCAAGGAAAGCGCAUGCGCAUCCAAUCCUUGAUGAGCGGAGGCCGUACAGCAGUCGCACCAGCCCCAACUCCCAUCAUUCCGAAYCAAGAGGAAAUUAAAUGCAACCACUACGAACGAAACUGCAAUAUCAUUGCACCUUGUUGCGGUAGAAUUGUUGGAUGUCGUAUAUGUCACGACGAGACGAGUCCGCCCGGGCACCCCCCGAUGAAUCGUUUUAUGAUUCGGGAAGUCGUUUGCAAACACUGUAGUACACGGCAGAUGGCAUCGUAAGUUCUAUAGUCGAAAUCCGAAUGCUUGUGRAGAUAUAAUGCCAAUCACCACUUUCUAACCCUUGUCCGCUCUUGAUGAUUUUGGAUGAUCGUUUGAAUAGGAAUCAAUGCAUCAAUUGCAAGGUUCAGUUUGGGGAAUAUCACUGCAACAAGUGCAAUCUCUGGAUGGGCAAGGUAAGACAAGUUUGCAACACCUUACGAUGAAGUUUUUGCUGGCGCCWUCAAGAAUCUUGUUURUCUACAAUAGACACUWAUAUAGUUUUCUUCAUCUCUUGCCUUMUAUGAUAUUGCUGACACAAAAGGCGAAAAAGCCUUUUCAUUGCGAACAAUGUGGCUUUUGUAGAGUUGGUGGCCAGGAGAACUUUCGACAUUGCACAGAGUGCUGUAUGUGUAUAUCCGUAAACGUUUUUGACACUCAUCGCUGUUUCAAGGAUAAAUACAAGAAUAAUUGUCCCGUCUGCAGAGAAGACAUGUUCUCUUCACGGCAGUCGCCCCAAGAUUUACCAUGUGGCCAUGCAAUACACGCCCAUUGCUUUCGCAAGUUGGCUGGUUUUGAUUACCGCUGUCCGAUUUGUAAAAAAACUGUUGUCUCACAGCAAUCCAUGGCAGCGGCAUGGGAGGCUCGUGCAAGAGAUAUCGCAGAACAUCCAAUGCCUAGUGACUUGCAGAGGAUAGUUGACAUCAUGUGCAACGACUGCGAAACGAAGAGUCACGCACGGAACUGGCACUUUCUCGGUAUCCAGUGCGGUCAUUGUAGCUCAUUCAAUACUGUCGUGGAACAGGUGCUCAGUUCGGGGCCACAGGGCGUUGGUGCUAACCAGGCAGAUACUCAAGAUAACAGCGGGAGUGGAUCAGCUUAGAGAAUGAUACCKUUUCAAAUUACUAGCGAAAACAAGCAGAUGCUCAAUAUAAGUGCGGGAGUGGAUCAGCUUCAAGAAAGAUGCCGUAUUCAUUACGGUUUCCCCCCCAUAAUUGUAGUUGCCUUCAUCCUGUAAAUAAACUGCUUAGCGGCGGUGACACCCCUUGAGAAGAUGCCCAACAUGACAYCGGAAUUGAUAAUCUCAAAGAAAGAUGUUGUUUUGCAUCUCCAGAAAUGAAAACAAUUUUCAAUCUUUAUUAUUUUUCUUGCCUUCUCGUUACUUAGCGAAUACA